CCGAAACCAGGCCGAAGCCCAUAGAAACCCCCCUAGUGCUUAAGAGGAACCACCGUACCGUAGCUUGGCGUACUAAGACCUGUGCCCAGUACUUUCCUUUUGUGGUUGCACUUAGCGGAGGGUAAUGACAGAGCUCGAUAGUUGUAAAAAGCAGCCUUCCUCCGCCGCAGAUCCUCUUGUGCUUGUAGCUGGAGCAGCUCGCACAGGAAAGAGCACUCUCGUCCACAGCAUCACAGGAAAAGUUGCAACUUCUCAACAAAAGAUAAGUAACUGGAACAUAAUUAAUAAAUACUACUCGGCAAACGUGGUGUUUUGCGAGACUGUUGGCGAAAAAGUCAGCAACGGAAGCCACCCAGAGGCCCUGGUGCUGGUUUUCAGCCUUACCGACUCUGGCAGUUUUUCCCAUGUUCAACAUGUAGCAAAGAGCUUUAACCUAGAGGCAAUCGAAGUGAAGCUGCUGUGUGGAACGCACGCUGAUGCCCUAUUGGAAGUGGAUGCAGCCCCGGAGCGGCUUGAGACAUCUCUACAGAAAGCUUUGUACCAGGAAGCAGCCAGUUGGUCGAUUGAGCACAGGUUCGAGUUUAUCGCUUGCUGCCCAGGCGUCCCCGCUACGGAUGCUGUCCUAGCCCUGGAAGGCGUUCAGCAAGGAGUGCGCCGCGUCGUGGAGGCACUCCAGUCGCACACCUGGUCAAACUUAACCCUAGCCGAGCGACAAAGACAUCAACCAGAUGCCGUUAUGGCGUCUGGUUUUCCAGCCGUUAGCUCAAGUGGAGCUGGAAAGGGCGCACCUGAGCCUACAGCUGCAGCGGAAAGCGGGAAAAAGCAAGGUCCUAUCACCCCGACUUCCGUAUGUGACCAAUGGGAGGAGCAGCAGCGUGAGGUUGACAACGCAGACACUGUGGAUGCGGAAGUGGAGCACACGGUGGAGGGCCUGGAGCGGCUCAUAGAGGACUUGCAAGGUCACAAGGCCCGGCUGGCUUCACUUCCUGACGACGAGCGGAGGAAGCAAGCUGGAGCCAUAGCACUACACAUGCUUGAGAUGCUGGGCCUACACGAUGAGGAGAGCAGCGGGGAGGAAGGGGGAUAAGGCAUGAGCAGAGGUGGAAGGCAGUGGGAAAGCGGCCUGAAAGAUGGAUUGACUCAUGGUUUGUGUGGAGGCCCUCUUACCGUAUAGGAGGAAAGAGUUGCAGGUGUGUGUAUAGUGUUGCCUCGCCUGACACAAGCUAAAGAUGCUAGGCAAUCUGUAGUUGUUGCCCGCCGAAGCAAUUGUUACAGCCGUCAUUGCUGGAUAUAUGCUCCUACGGUGGUUGGCUGCCAACUUCAGUAAGCUGUUACGAGGUACGAUCGGUGGUGGGAAUUGCAAAUACAAACCUUCAGUCUUACAGGUGAGGUGAGAUGUUUCCAAAUAUGCUUUGGAGGAUUUC